UUUGAGUGACGGACUGCAGGGCUCCCGCCGCCGCUUCCGGGUUGGUGCCAGAAGCAAGAGCUUGGGCUACCAACUCUGAGCUGUAGACCACUAAUCAUAGCAUCCUGAUUUGGUGCCACCUUUGGGAGGAUGAAUCAGGACAGUGACUCAAGUGAUCAGCCCACGGGCCAGGACCCACUCCAAUUGCUGAAAACCCUUCAGCUUCUCUGGACAAUGAAAGAGAUGAAGAAGCUCCAGGAAGAAAUCAGGCGGGGCUUUGCAGGACUGGAGGACCCAUUGGCAGGACUCCUGGACAUACUGGAAGGCAGCAGCGAUUGGAAGGGGAAAGGGCAUUCCCUCGGGUAUUGCAUCACCACCGAGUUGCAGCUUUGGAUAAAAGAGCAUCCUGCUGCUCAACAGUCUGGCAUCAAGCUGAGCAAUCUGCAGGCCCGUGUAAUCAGAAUAUUAGCCCAGUGCCCAACUAAUCUUCUUGACCCUCUGAUUAGCAUUUACCAGCUCCAUACAGCAGACCGGAACUGUUUGCUUGAACAUGUCACUCAUCUUUAUCACAAGGGCAGCUACAAAGAGGCAGCUGUACUGAGUAUUAGGCUAAAAUUACAGCCAGAUCAAGAUGUUGAGAAGAUGUGCACACCGCUACUGCUUCAAGAUAAAACUAACUUGGUGGAAGAUUAUGUGAGAGAAUAUCCUGAGCUCCAGAGCAAGCUCUUGCAGAUGCUGGACACGUGGUGUGAACCUGGGUUUAAUAUCAGGGACAUCACAAGAAAAUAUCAAGGCCUGUCCAGAUACAAACCAGAUAAAUUUAACCGCAAAAUGCUAAGCAAGCUGGUCUUCAGGCUCCUAGACCUAUUCAGUGUAGAUCCAGCUCUCUGCCCUAAUGUCGUAAAUCAGCGGCACUUGAAAACUCUGCAUUACCUCUUUUACAAGAGGUUUGUUGAGAAAACCAUGACUCAGGAGAACUGGAUAGAUCACAUUCAGAGCACAGUUGGAACGAAUCAAUGGCUUCAAGGGCACCUGAUACAGCUGCUUCUCAGGUACUGUGACUGGAACGCAGCGGCAAGAUGGGCACAGCGCUGCGGUUUGCCCAAAGAGAUGUUACCUGACGAAGUGGCUGAUGAGCUUCAAAAGCUUCAGAUCCAAGACAGGGUGGAAGAGACUGUGAAAAGAGAUAAUCAUGACGAGAGUAAGAAGAAGGAUUAUUACCAGCUUCCUAUUCCACGGGCAAAUAUUCACUUCCUACAAACAUGGGAAGAGACACUGCAGUGCUGGGAAAAGGUGCUGCGGCCCGGGCAGGUUGUUGGCAUUGACAUGGAGUGGAAACCUUCAUUCGGCAUGGUUGGGAAGCCCCGUGUCUCCCUCCUUCAAAUUGCUGUGAAGGAUGAGGUGUUCCUGCUUGACUUGCCAAAGCUCCUGGAGCAAGCUGAGACCGAGGAUGAGAAGGAGAAGCUUCCCCAUUUCAUCCAGAUGCUCUAUUCAGAUGCAGCCAUCACUAAACUAGGUUAUGGGAUGUCUGGAGACCUUAGCAGCCUUACAGCCACAUGGUCUGCUUUGAAAGACACGGAUAAGCAAGUGCGAGGUGUGGUGGACCUGCUCAAAGUAGACAAACAACUGCAGAAGAGUUCCACUGACUGGAAGAAGGACAGCUGGAAGGUCGAUGCUCUGUCCCCAGAGCAGAGCUGUGGGGACAGAGGGUUCAGGCAGCCAGAGAAAGGACUCAGCCUCUUGGUGCAACAUGUGCUGGGGAAGCCUUUAGAUAAAACAGAGCAGCUGUCUAACUGGGAGAAACGGCCUCUCCGUGAGGAACAGAUCCUCUAUGCAGCUUCAGAUGCAUAUUGUUUGCUGGAGGUCUAUGAGAAACUCUCUAAGGAUCCAGCAAGCUUUGGUCUGACUUCAGACCUGACUGAGAGUUUGGUGGGAAAACCAAGCAUAAAACCCAGGGCGAAGAAGCAGCUGAAUAAACAAGAAGUACCAUCACCUUCUGGACAGCAAUGCCAGGGACCUGCCAAGGAGACCUCGUGUUCCCCUGCUCCCAUCUCCCCGAAGCAGUUCAGCGUGGUCUGUGAUAACAUGCUGCAAGGCCUGGGGCGCUACCUGCGCUGCCUCGGGGUAGAUGUCUGCAUGCUGGAGAAUGAGGAUGACCACAGGAAAGCUGCUGAGAUUGCCCGACAGGAAGGAAGAGUCAUUUUAACCUCUGGACUCCCAUAUCAGACUCUGCAGUCCCAGGUGGGAGAAGGAAGGUGUUUCUCUGUGAACAGCUCAGAAAAGGCGAGAGAACAGGCCCUGCAGGUUCUGAAGCACUUCAACGUCCAGGUGUCCCGGGCAGACAUCUUCAGCCGCUGCCAGGUCAGGGGCUGCCACCUGCCCUGGGCACGAUCAAGCUGCACGUGGCCCUCGCUGGACACCCUCGCCGUGGGGAGCUGGGGAGGAGCUCCAGGGAGCCCAGCUGGGCUGAAGGCACCAGGCAAACCCUCCUGGCCACUUGGUUCUCACAGCUGCAGUGAGUUUGGCAGUGCUCUGUCUGCUUCUCCCAGCAGAGCACCAACCUCUUCAGGACCUGUGGGAUUUGGUCAGCACUGGGAAGCCCUGGAACGAUGGCGAGGGGGAAGAGGGUCCCCACUCAGCUCUGUGCCUGUCCUCUGCACCAGCCCUCCCUCCUCCAGCCUUGUCCACUGCAGCUUCUGGGUAAGGAUUGCUUCUCAACUUGCAAAGAAAUUCAUGGCCAUGGCCUUGGCUCAGUUUGUGGCUCGAAGGUAUUUCUGAACAACAGUGAGAACUUCCCUGCAUGCUCAUCUCCAUGACAUGGACACGUGUGUGCAGAGGUGCUGCCACAGGCAGUGCUGGCUUGGCAGAUAGGAAUCUGUGUCAUGAACUAAACCUGCCACCAGGUUUCCAGCCUGUCUGCCAGACACUGAGUGAACCGAGAGUUUUUUGAAACCAGCCUAGAAACGUACCAGGAGCCAGCCUGCGUUUAUCAUGCCUCUGCUUCCUCCUGAAUUCCAGUCCUCUGACAUGUUGAGAUCAAACCUGAUGACCCCAAUCUGACUGCAGCAAUUGAGAAGAAAAGUGACCUUCCAAAAAGAGCAGCUGAGCCAGCCCAAGAGAGCAGCUCUGGGCCACCCCAGGCUGCUUCAUCCUGCCGUGUCACAGAGAGGAGCAGCCAGGCAGCACUGAAACAUGUCACUGGUUUUAAUUCAAUUACUUUGCAGACCAGCAUGUAGCACUGCUGACACCUUCACAGCAUCCCAUGGCAGUGGGACAGCUCUGGAAACUGUCACUGGU